UUACUUUUCCAAAGCGCUGGGCCGCCCACGUACCGUUACAUGAGCAUAACUGAUGGAAAGGAAAAAAAAAAAGACUAUCAUCUUCAAUCCUCCACUUCAGAAGAUGAAUUCCCACCUCUUCCAAAGCUCUUAUCUUGCCUUACUGGUGAUUCUCCUCCCCAUCCAUUUUCCGCCGUCAUCUUUGGCUACCGAUGAUGAAUGGUUUGCAGCCUGCAGCCAGCCCUUUCAGUGUGCAAAUUUCAAGGAAGUAAGAUAUCCUUUCUGGGGAGGCAACCGGAAAGAGUUCUGUGGACACCCCAGGUUUCAGCUGGAUUGCCGAGGCGAAGCCCCUAUUCUCACAAUUGAGUCCAGACAAUACCGAGUUCUCGCCAUAAAUGACUCGUCGCCCUUUCUCCAAGUCGCUAGGGACGAAUUCUAUGACACUAAUUGCCCACAAUACCCCCAUAACGCUACCCUGGACACCAACUAUUUCGACUAUCUCGCGAACACAGAAGACCUGACGCUCUACUAUGGCUGCCAGAGACAUCCUGUUGUUUCAUAUUCAGCAGCACACAGCCAGGCCAAUUGCACCACCACCCCAAGCAACGGGAGCAUAAUAAUCAAUUCGUGCAAUGCCUCCAUGGAAGUGACAGCCAACAGUUCAGCAGCACCCACCCAGAUCGCUUGCACCGUCAACGGCAGCACUUUGGCGGCGACCGAGGUGGCAAUAAACACUGCGUGCAAUACCAGCGUUGAAGUGCGGGUUGAACAUACAGCGGCUCAUAGCCUAACCAACAGUUCAAAUUUAAGACAAGUGCUUGAGAGGGGUUUUGGGCUGCAGUGGGAAGCCAACAACACACGCUGUAGCGAGUGUGUCCGAACACGUGGGGUAUGUGGAUCGGAUUCCACAAAUGGUUCAUUUCUUUGCUAUUGCGCUGGUGGACCUCACCCAGAUUCCUGCAACACAACUGGCCCAACUGGGAAUGGAAACCGAUCAUCAUCCAGUGAGAGGACUAUAAUAGUUUUGGUAGUCACAAUAGCACCUGCAGUACUCGUGAUAAUAAUUUUUAUAGUAGUUUACUUAAUCAAAAGACGUCACAUGUCAUUGAUUGGCAUGCUGGGCUUGCGGAAGAAGGAAAGACUGGAUGAUCAAAACGUUGAGGUAUUUACAGGGCAUUAUGGGUCUCUCGCUCCAACGCAAUACAGGUAUUUGGACAUUGCUAGAAUGACCAACUCAUUCAAAGACAAAAUUGGCAAAGGAGGGUAUGGCACUGUCUACAAAGGAAAACUAAAUGACGGUCGUCUUGUGGCAGUCAAAGUCCUAAGUAAGACCAAAGGAAAUGGAGAGGAAUUCAUUAAUGAAGUUGCUAGCAUCAGCAGAACUUCUCAUGUCAAUGUAGUCACUCUUCUGGGAUUCUGUUUUGAGAGGAAGAGAAGAGCUCUAGUAUAUGAAUUCGUGGCUAAUGGAUCCUUGGACAAAUUCAUUCACAACGAUGAAUCUCAGACUACAAACUGCCACCUGGAAUGGAGAACAAUGUACCAAAUUGCAGUUGGUAUUGCACGAGGGCUAGAGUAUUUGCACAGAGGUUGUAGCACAAGGAUAGUUCAUUUUGAUAUAAAACCUCACAACAUUCUUCUAGACGAAGAUUUCUGCCCCAAAAUAUCUGAUUUUGGUCUUGCUAAACUCUGUCAAAGAAAACAAAGUAUUAUGUCAAUGCUAGGUACAAGAGGCACCAUUGGAUAUAUUGCUCCGGAAUUAUUCUCUAGAGCCUUUGGAGGAGUCUCUCAUAAAUCAGAUGUCUACAGCUAUGGAAUGCUGAUUCUUGAAAUGAGUGGAGCAACUCAGAAAAUUGAAGUAGCCCAAACAAGCGAAACAUAUUUUCCACACUGGAUUUAUGAGCAUCUUGAACAUGGUAAGGAUCAAAGGCUCCAAAGAAUCACAUCUGGAGAAGAUGAAGAAACAGCAAGGAAGAUGAUGUUGGUGGGUUUGUGGUGCAUCCAGACCAAUCCAUCAGACCGGCCAGCAAUGAGUAAGGUGCUGGAGAUGUUGGAAGGAAGAAUUCAAUCGUUGCAAAUUCCACCCAAGCCUUUCCUAUCUUCUCCUGCAAGGUCGGCACCCUGCAGCCAGGACUCUUCCAUGUCAUCAACCACAACAAAUCAUGCGGUAGAGGUCCCAGAAAGAAGGCUUCAAUCUAUGCGUAUCCCACCCAAGCCUCUAAGCCUUCCCCCUUCAAGGCCUCUCCAGAUGUCCUGAGACUACUUCCAAGACAGUAUCAAAAAUUUUCUGGAAGAAAAAAAUAGAAGCUUCUUUUUCUCAGCAAGAGAAGAGUUUCACUGAGCUGCUUCAGUAACAUCUAAAUCCUCCUUUUACAUGUUUCUUUGGCUUCUAAAUGACACCUAUCUCAUGGUCCAGGCACAAUGCUUGCUCCACAAAACUAAUGCCUAAUUUAUUCUCUGAUAAUAUCCUAUGUAGUUGACAAAUC